UUUUUCCAUUGAGGACUAGAGGCAGGGAUGAUAUAGUUGCGGGUCAGACCAUCGAUAGAGCUGAGGCUCGUGCUCGGGCUGAUGCUGAUACGUCAGUCUUACGUGUUGGGCGCGUUGCUCCGACCGGUUCUAACCAGAAACAGAGGGCUGAGGAGGCGCAGGCGGGUAGGGGGUUCCAUGCACCUCGGCGCAGGGGUGGUAGAGUUUCCACUACUGUGGACGGGCAGGCUGAGGUUGGUGCGGAUGCUAGGGUUGAGGUUGUUGCUCGGGAGGAUGUUGCUAGGGUUAGGGAUGUUGUUCGGGAGGAUGCUGCGGAGGAUGUUGUUAGGGUUGAGUCGGUGGUUGCUAGGGUUGAGCCGGAGCAAGCUAGGGUUGAGCCAGAGGUACAUAUUGCUGAUGAGGUGGUGGUUGAGGAGUGGGUGACUGUGGUUGUUGAGGAGGUGGUGGUGCAUGAUACGGAUACCACCACAGGUGCAUCUACAGAGCCAUCAGUACACAUUGAUGAGGCUUAUCCAAGAGGACCUUCUAACAGGUCUGUUUUGAUAGGCUAUGCUAACCAUGUCGCUUUUAGGAUAUGGCAGGGCGAGGAGCGUUCAGUGCUGAAGCUCACUUCUCACGGGUCGAAGUUGAAGAACUUCACCGAGGGACCGAUGCCUGAGGAGGUGGCGAGGAUCGUUCGGGACUUCCAUUUGUUGGACUUUGCUGGAUGCUCCCUGACGAUGUUGGACGCCCUUCUAUUACCAGCUUUUGUAGAGAGAUGGCACCCAGAGACAUCAUCCUUCCAUCUAUCACUCGGGGAGAUGACAGUGACUCUGGAUGAUGUGCAUGCCCUAUUUCACCUUCCUAUUGCUAGUACAUUUUUUACAUCAGUUCACAGGGACCAGACGACGGCGGUGCAGAUGGUGAGGGAUGUGUUAGAGGUUGAUGAGAUGGGUGUGCUCAAGGAGUUUGGUCACACUCGGGGCUUUCACCAUAGGAUGUCUUGGCUAAGGAAGGUUUAUCAGCAGCUGGUCGAUGCGGGGAGGUACGAGGCUGUCGCUAGGGCGUACAUGCUACAUCUAGUGGCAUGUACUCUCUUUGCGGACAAGUCUGCAUAUCAUAUAGAUGUCCUCUAUCUGACUCUCUUCAGCAACCUUGAUACCCCGUGUUGGGCUUGGGGAGUGGCUGCUAUGAUGAUGCUAUACACGGCGCUUGGUGCCGCUUCUAGUCCUGACACCAGACAGCUUGCUGGUUAUCUGAGCUUGCUACAGUGUUGGAUCUACGAGCACUUCCCUCGCAUCUGUGAGCGGAGGACUUCCCGUUGUGAGGCUUCUGAACCUUGUGCGAUGAGGUGGAAGGCCAGACAGGCCCUUCUAGGAGAGACACCCUUGAUGGAGUACAGGCGGAGGCUAGAUGCUUUGACGCUGGAUGAUGUCAUCUGGACACCAUAUACAGGUCACCGUACUCAUCAUCCUUUUUAUCCAUCCUCCUUAUAUUCAGGGUAAGUCAGAUGGGAGAGCCAUGUGGCUAGACACUUUCCUGAGAGGUGUCUACGUCACUUUGGUUAUAUACAGGGCAUCCCACGGCCGGUCCCGGAGGCUCCUGCUGGUGGCGUUGAUCGCUGGUUUCAGAGUCACAUCCUUAGCUCCCCCGUGAGGUUAUGGAUACAACUGUUACGGUUCAGCAGCCUGGGCAGUGUCAGGAUGGAUACCUGGAGUGGUUCCUCAGAGUGUCACACCCUAGGAUCAUCCCCCAUCUGCCGCUGCAUCUGAUGUUCCAGGGCCUUCAGCUACCAGAGCUUCUUCACCACCACCUCCACCUCCCGCUGGUGACUAGGACACCCACAUGCAGUACAUCGCAAUUCACUUGGAUAGCUUCAUGGGUCUGGUGACCCCUGAUGGUGAGGUCCACAGUAUUUUAGCUAGGUUGGCUGAUGUUGCCCGUGGAGGACCUAUAUGAUUUAUUUUUUUAUGAUUGUAUUAUUUGUAUAUUUUUUACGAACAUCUUUUUCAUUACAUAAUCUUUUUUGCUAGUACAUGUUUCAAGUAGAUAAAGAAAAUAACAUCAAUAACAAACAAAUAUCAGAUGACAAACAACAAGCAUAAAAUUGACAAUCAUACCCUCCAAA